AGGUGAUAUAGAAAACAGUGGGCUCUCUUUUUCUAUCCAUUUGCGCCAAAGCACAGAAAGAAAUGGACGCUUCUUCUUCUUCUUCUUCUUCUUCUUCAAAGCAGCAGCAGCAGAAAUCCAUGGCCAACGGGUUCGGUUACAACAGUCUACUCCUACUCUCUUCCCCAUUUAUUCACACCCCAUUCCUUCCCCAAUUCUUCACGCAGUCCUCUCACUCUAAACCCAACCUCCAAUUCAAUGUAAACAUUGUUCGUCAUCUCCAUAGCUCUAUCGUAUCCACUGCUGAGAAUUGCCUCACAUUCUUAGACACAUUCGCUUCCCCAAACCCACUUCUCGACAAAAUCUUCCUUUUUUUCUCCUCCCAUUUCCACAAUUUCUCCCAGAUUCGUCGCAGAAACUACAGAAAUUUGAAUUCCAUGGCCAAUCACAAUUUUGCUGCCAUUAUACCAGGCGAUUCUGUGGCUGGGAUUGUGGUGACUAAUGGCAUUCUGAAUUUCUUGAAUAUUUACAAUACACUAUUGGUUGUCAGGCUUGUUUUAACCUGGUUCCCUAACUCUCCUCCAGCCAUUGUUAGCCCACUCAGGUAAAAGAUUAUGUAAUUGGCCGAGUCAAAUGGAAGGGAAGGUGAUGUCAAUGGAAGCUAAAGGAAAGGUGAUAUCAAUCGAACCAAAACAAAAGGUGAUAUCAAUGGAAUCGGGACAAAAGGUGAUAUCAGUGGAAGCUUAACAAAAGGUUAUAUAAGUGGAACGGGAACAAAAGGUGAUUUCCAGUUCUAAUUGUUCACUGGUAGAGACUGGUUUGGUUUAAGCCUUCUAUCCUUGCCAUUACUUCAUUCUAUGGUAGAGAUUGGUUUGUUAUUACAUGGUCCCAGGACAAUUGGUCUUGGACCAAUCAUACCAUUGUGUGUGCAAGUUAUUCAAGUGUCGAAUGGUGAUGACACAAAAAUUUCAUAAGACAAACAACCAUUUUGAAUCAAAUUAUAUUAUGCUAGUAGUAGCAGCAUCUUCUUUGAGAAUUAAGGGAGAAGAAGGUUGUAUCAGCCUUGUGAAAGCCCAUCUCUCACACAUACACAUGUAUAUAUCAGAUACAUUUUAAUUAAAGGUCGACAAUCAAUUUAUCUUCA